AUGGACCAGCUCGCGGACCCCUCCCCCUCCUCGUCGUCCUGCUCCCCGCAGGAGUCGCGGCGGUCGGUGAAGCGGAGGCCGCCGCCCGCGGGGUCCCCGGAGCCGUCGCCGAGGGCGGGCGCCGGAGGAGCGGGCGCGGCGGAGCUGCUCCGGCGGGUGGAGGAGCUGGAGGCGGCCGCGGCGCGGCUGGCGAUGGAGAAGGAGGCGGCCGAGGAGUCGGCGCUGGGCCUGCAGGGCGAGCUGGAGGCCGAGCGGGCCUCGGCCGAGACGGCCGCCAGCGAGGCCAUGCUCAUGAUCGAGCGCCUGCAGCGGGAAAAGGCCGCGGCCCAGAUGGAGGCCCGCCAGUUCCGCCGCUACGCCGAGGGCCGCGCCGACCACGAGCGCGAGGUGCAGGAGGAGCUCGCCUCGCUCUCCGACCUCGCCGCAUCCUACCACUCGCGCCUCCAGUCCCACGGGAUCGACCCCGAUACCUUCUCCGACGAGGAGGACGAGGAGCUCUACGAGGAGCAGCGCGGGCACGCUGACCAGAUCGACGACCUGGUCGCGCCCGAGGCAGAGGGGGACGGCGCCGACUUGUUAGUCAGUGCUGGCAUGGAGGUGAAAGCCAUGGUCGAGGAGGAAGAGCAAGAGCAAUCCACUGCCCCUGUGGAGAAAGAGUUCGAGUACACGGUGGAUGUCAGGUGCGCGAGCCCGACGAUGGCGGCCGUGGCGGUGGUGGGGGAGUACGUGGGGGAUGUAGCCGGCAAUGCAGGGGGUUUAUAUGCGAGGGUGGAGGCGCUGGAGGCGGACAGAGCGGCAAUGCACAGAGAGAUUGCGGCGCUCCGGGCGGAGAGAGCACAAUUGGUCAUGGCAAGGGAGAUGGCUCGUCGACUCUGCUGGGAAGUGGUCUCUGAGAGGAAAAGCAUUGUUAAAAAGGCUGUUGUCCCGGUGAAGAGAUUCUCGGCAUUAGGAAUUUGCAAGUGGUUGCUCUCCGUAAUCUUUUGGAGAAGAAGCUCUACUACCAGGUAUACGUUCGGCUUGUCAACCACGUUCCUUGGCCUCCUGCUGCUCCUCGACAGAUCCACCACGUUGAGUCCAUGGCGGCGCCUGCAUAGGCCACAGCAAUGA